CGGCUGAUGACGUUCGAGCCCGCGCUCGCAGUUUCUGCAACCGGGGAACAGAGUUGAGGAAGGCGCGGUGGUCCGACGGUGGGAAGUCACGGUGCGGUCGGGCGGAGCUGCGUCGGGCGGCAGGUAAUAAUUUCAAGAUGCCUGGACGUUCCAGUUCAAAUUCAGGCUCAACUGGUUUUAUAUCCUUCAGCGGCAUAGAAUCUGCUCUCUCCUCCUUAAAAAACUUCCAGAACUGCAUCAACACUGGGAUGGACACAGCUUCCAGUGUUGCUCUGGACCUUGUGGAAACUCAGACUGAAGUGAGUAGUGAAUACAGCAUGGAUAAGGCGAUGGUUGAAUUUGUUAUGAUGGACCGGGAACUAAACCAUUAUGUAAAGGCUGUUCAGUCCAUGAUAAAUCACGUAAAAGAAGAACGUCCAGAAAAUAUACCAGAUCUGAAAUUAUUAGUGGAGAUGAAGUUCUUGGCUUUACAGAAUAAGAAUUCUGAUGCAGACUUUCAAAAUAAUGAAAAAUUUGUACAGUUCAAACAACAGCUGAAAGAACUGAAGAAGCAAUAUGGUCUGCAGGCAGAACGAGAGGCCGAGGGCACAGAAGGAGUGGAUGAGGACAUGAUCGUGACCCAGAGUCAGACCAACUUCAUCUGCCCCAUUACGCAGCUGGAAAUGAAGAAGCCAGUGAAAAAUAGAGUGUGUGGCCACAUCUACGAAGAGGAAGCCAUCGUUCGCAUGAUCGAGUCUAAGCACAAACGGAAGAAAAAGGCCUGUUGCCCUAAAAUCGGCUGCAGCCACACGGACGUGAGAAUGAGCGACCUGGUCCAGGAGGAGGUGCUCAGGAGGGCGAUCGAGAGCCACCACAAGAAGAGACACCGCGAGUCCGAGUAGGAAGGACCCGCCUCCCCGCAGGGAGCCCUCAGCAGCCUACCUCCUGCCCCGGCCGCCUGGAGAGAGCGCGCCGUCCGGGCGCUCGGACCGGCUGCACUGCAUGCCUCGUUUGGGGUAACGCUCGAAGGUUUUAAGUGUCACCGAAAGCAUUUUUCUAUGUUACAAUAAAAACUCAAGGAAAGCCUAUUGUUGAUUUUCAAGCAUUCUGUAACUUAAAAUAAAACUCGGACUCUCCGCAGCUGUCCUGCCGGCGCGCCGCCCGCGCUGCGCCCUGCUCCCUGGUGCAGGCUGGGGCGCCCGGCCUGCCCGUGUCUCCCGCUCCAGACUGUUUGUAUCUGUGUUGUCGUUCCAACCGAGCCGUGUCUUUCGAGGGAUAUUUGAAAUGGAAACACGUAGAAACACCCCAGUUGCAAGCGUUUUCUGCCAGCACAGUGAGUGACAGCGUGAGGCGAGAAAGUGAAGCCAGUUUAUCACCCAUAAAGGGUCACGUUGUCUAGUGACUAGUGACAGUUGCAAACAGGGAGGAGCUGUUCGCUGUCGCUCCGGCUGCACAGGAUGCCGUGCAGCGGGCCGGUCUGGGCCGUGGCCGCUGCUGCCCGCCCCCCGCCCCCCGCCCCCCGCCCCCGGCUCUGCACUGUUGUCCGUGGGAAGCCACCACGUCUCGACUGUUCUCUGCCUUGCCCGGUGGCUCUCCGCGAGUGGCUUCCUCCCCACCCAGGACCUUGGGGUCUCCACCACAAAGCAAAGGUGCUGAGCCAGCCAUUCUCUGAUGCCCCCUCGGCCCCCAAAGGCCCCCAAAGGCGGCGGCCUGACAGCCAGCAGUCUGUAAACUGAAUCUCGUUGGUUAUAUUCUAAUUGUGUGAAGGGUGCUAACCUGUUAAUAGUCUUCAUAGCACCCUUUCACCAACUAGAAUAUUCAACGAAACCAACCUCAUAUCCUGAAUACAUUCGGAAACCAAGAGUAGAGAAUAAUUUAUUGAGCACUGACUGUAUACCAGGUGCUAUUCCAGCUUACACAUGUAUUAACUCCUGUAAUUGCUUGAUGAGUGUGCUACAGUUACUGUUCCCACUUUCCAGAUGAGUAAACUGAGGCCCAGUGAAGGGAGUAACCCGUGGACAUUCAUAGAGCCAGUGGGUGGCUGAGCUGGGACAGGAAGUUAGCUUGUCUGGUCUCCAAGUCUGCAUCCUUAAUUCCAUGUUCCCCUCCUCCCUGCUGAUUUCUGGAGAAUCUCAAAAUACAUUCAAAGUCCACCUUUAAAAACCGAACCCUUUGUGAACAAGCGUAGACAUGUGCGCAAAGCAUGUCCAUUUAAAUGCAGAAAACCACUGAGUUUGACAUCUGAGAGGCAGUGACCGCUGCAGACCAACAACAUUUCCGUUGAAAAACCUGGUCUGGAAAGGGCAGCGUGAAUUUUGAAAACAUUUUCAUGGAAUUCAGAGAGUAGUGUGACAUUCCGUUGCUACAAGCUAAGUGAUUUUGAAUUUCUUAAGAUGCUUUAUCUGAAUCAGGCGUCCUGAGGAAAUGAUUAAGUUGAAGCCAGAACAAACAUACUUUUCAUGGAAUGCGGUUCUUUUGUGAAAUGGUUUGUUUCCUAAACAGAGAGAGCCCAGCAUGAAAUGUCCGUGCAAGAUUCGAGUUGCACUUUUCCCCAAGUCUUUCUAAAGAGAAUGCAAGAUAUUAGUGGAGAUACCGGUGUCCGAUUGGAAAAUGCCAAAUGACCGUAUUCAGCUAUGGAAAAAGUAUAGCAUGUAUAUCUUGUGAAACUUUUGCCUUUUUUGAGUCUCCGGAAACUAUGUUUUGUAUAUUUGUCUCUCCAAUUAAAGAAUGUGAAGUUUUA